AAUAACACGAAUAGACAACUACAUUUCUUCACUAAAAUUCAUUUUGUUGUUUCGGUUUUAGCGAAGGUGGCUUAUGAUACUCCGCGUUAGUAGUUUUAAAAGAAAGUUAUUGUAAAAUUUAAUCAAAAUGAAUUUUUUAAUAAUACUAUUUGUGUUUCCUCAAACUACGGUGUUUAGUGCUAUGGUUCGAGGUAUGUACGCAACUUCCUGACGUUGUUCUGCAUUUGUAGACUUCAUACGAUUUGGAAUAAUAGAAUAUAACGUAAAUUAUUGAAUGAAAAUGCGAUACGUCCAUUUUGUUUUCAUUGCUUUCUCAGCCGUUGUUGUUAUCAUUGUAAUAAGAGAGUUUCCUUUUCUGUUUAAUACAUCAGAUAUAGAGGAAAAUGUUACCAGUAUAGAAGAGGUUACUGCAAUGACUACAUUGUUUUCCGAAGUUUUUGAACAAUUGAUACAUUUGGAAGAUGAAACAAACGAAACAGCACCGGAAGUUGGUAUUAAUUGGAGUAGUGCUGAAGGCACCCCAAUAUUAUCAGCAUUGCGUAAUUUUUGGGCUCAUGCUAAAACAGGCCUUCUUGAUCCAAAAGAUCCGUUGUCAGAAGGGGCCAUAAAUGAAAAUACAGAACAUGUUGUGAAAGCUAUUGAACAUGGCUUAUGGGAAGCUACAACAAUGUUGAUAAAUCGAAUUGAAGAAACUACCUUAACUACUUUGCCAACGAAAGAUUUAGUGGCUUCAACAGAACCAACUGUAUUAACAAAACGUCAAGGAAUAAUUACACCGCCUGAAAAGAACUCAAAUGUGGGCCAAAAAAGACAAACAGCAUUUGAUUUGAUGGCAAAUAUGAGCACUUCCUGCAGUAAUUGUUAUGAAAAACUACAAAAAUGUGUUCACCAAUGUUUUAUAGAGAAUGAUUGCAAUGAUGUACAGCGCAAGGUUCGCUCUUGUCCUCCAGUUCCAAAUAGACUCUGCAGUUUUUUCACUCAGUGGAGCCCUGUUGAUGAAUGUAUAAAUCAUUCAGAUUGCAAAAGUCCUCUUUUGUGCUGCAAUGACGGAUGUGGUAACAAAUGUGUAUCUGGUGUAUGGAAUUCUUGAGAAACAAACUACUUUUGAGUUUAUUUUAAGGUUUUAAAUAAAGAUUUUAUCUGUUUGUUUUGAA